GAUGAUGGCUGAAAUUGAUUCUUGUAGCAUGAACGAAAUGGCUUCGAAUGUGUCAUCAUCAUUGAUGAACAGCACUGAGAACAGCAGAGAGGAGAACAGCAGAGACACUGAUGGAUUCAAUGAUCUUAUGUCAAACAAUGUCGUAGAGGAGAAACAGGUCGGAGUUGUGUUGAUGGGACCAGGAGCCAGGAAGGACCAGCAAAUUUAUGACUUGCCAAAACUAACAAGUCUCCAAAAAGAAAACAUUCAAAAAGCAAAAAAGUAUGCAAUGGAACAAAGUAUCAGGACUGUUUUAUUGAAACAGACCAUCACCCAUCAGCAACAGCAAAUGAUGAAUUUACAAAAUUCAAUACAAAGACAGCAAGCAGUUGCUUUAAUGUGCAGAGUAUACAUAGGCUCAAUAAAUUUUGAAAUUAAAGAAGAAAUGAUCAGGCAAGCAUUUCUACCAUUUGGUCCAAUCAAAAGUAUGAGCAUGCCUUACGAUACUGUGGGCAAACAUCACAAGGGGUUUGCAUUCUUAGAGUACGAGACCCCUGAGGCAGCAGCUCUUUGCUUGGACCAGAUGAAUGGUAUCAUGAUAUCAGGGUACACUAUAAAGGUCUGUAAGGUUGGUCGACCAAGUAACAUGCCACAAGCUCAGAUAAUCAUCGACAAGAUCAUGGAAGAAUCCAAGUCGUAUAAUCGAAUAUACGUUGCUGCCAUACAUCCAGACCUCACUGAAAAUGACAUUAAAAGUGUGUUUGAAGCAUUUGGCCGCAUAACACAUUGUCAGUUGGCACCUGAUCCUAAUAGGCCUAACAAGCACAAAGGUUAUGGUUAUUUAGAAUUUGAAUUGUUGCAGAGCGCGUUGGAUGCUGUUAUGGGCAUGAACUUGUUUGAUCUAGGAGGACAGCACCUUCGAGUUGGAAGGGCCAUUACUCCGCCAAAUGCAUUCACGCCACCUCCAACAUCUGGAUCACUUCCAACAGCAUCUGCUAUUGCUGCAGCUGCAAUAACUGCAAAGAUAACUGCGCUGGAAGCCAUCAGCAAGCCGGUAGGUGUGGUUGAAAUUAAUCCAAGUCCUCUGCAGACGUCAUCUCUAGCUAAUGAUGAAAAUUCAAACUCUCCAGCAACAAGUUCAACGCGUCAAAGAACAUCCAAAUUUGGAGGAUUCAGUAGUGGGCCAGGAUCGACCAACGUACCACCUCCCAGCAUCUACAUACCUCCCACUACUCUCGUCAAUUCUGCCUCCACUUCAACUUCUAGCACUUCAAAACGACCACCUACGAAGGGCGACCCUAACAGCAAAUCAUCUUCUGACUUGAAAAAGAAACUUGAGAUAAUGGCUGAGAUGUCGGAGUUGGCUGACAUCCAAACAUUACAACAGCAGGAAGACAUUCAGAUAAAGGGACACCAGGCCAGACACAUGGUCAUGCAGAAGUUGCUUAGAAAAAAAGAGAGUCGAGUCAUGGUGCUGCAGAACAUGGUGGGACCAGAAGAUGUGGAUGAGGAAUUGGAACACGAAGUCACAGACGAAUGUUCCAAGUUUGGUGAAGUUGAAAAAGUUGUGAUAUAUCAGGAAAAGCAAGGAGAAGAUGAUGACGCUCCAAUAUUUGUUAAGAUAUUUGUUGAGUUCAAACAUCCUACAGGGGUCGAGGCAGCCGUCAGUUCAUUGAAUGGUAGAUUUUUUGCAGGCCGAACUGUGUCAGCCAAACGAUACGAUCAAGAUUUAUAUGACAACAAUGAUUUCUCUGCAUAAUUAUUAUCUUCAAAAAAUUGUUUUAAAAUUAAUGUGUAUUAUUAUUUGUGAAUGUGUAAAAAGCAUUUGUAUGGCAA